AUGUCAGAUAAUUCAAUUUAUUGUCUAAUUAUAAUAAAAAAAUUCUUAAUUCAAAAUGGCUUAAAAAAAGCUGUAAAAUAUAUAGACAAAAAACUUACCGAAAUAUCGAACAAUAAUAUUGAAGAUAUGGAAGAUAAUCUUCCUAAUAUUUUAGAUUUACUUCAAUCUUAUAAUAAAAAUAAUAAUAUAUCAGAUCCUAUAUUAAAUUCCAAAAAUAAAGUACAAAAAAAGAAAAUUAAAAAGAAUCAUGAUAAGGAGACAGAUAUAAAAAAUAUACAGUGUUUGGCAACCUUGACAGAUUCUUUAAAAAAUUCCAAUAAAAAAAGUAAAAAAAGUGAAAAAAUUAAAUUAAAUACUUGUGAUAAUAUUUAUACUGAACAUUUUUGUACUUCUGAUCAUGAUCAAUUGGAAUUUCAUAAUAUUUACAAAUCGCAGGUUAAGGAUAUAGAGACAAUCAAUUCUAACAUUUAUAAAAAUAAACAAAGUCAAGAAAAUAGGUUUAGUCGAAUUAAUGAUUCAUGGAAUGAAAAAAUUACUGAUGAAAGGUUAAAAGAUAACUCUUAUUGGAAUAUGAAGAAGUAUAAUAAGGAUAGUAGUGAUUUUGCAUCUAAAGCUGCAAUAGAAUUAGGGAAAGUUCGUGGAAAGAAUUUCAGACAAGAGAAAGCAAAGAAAAAGAGAUGCUCAUGGAGAGGUUCUGGAAAUAUUUCAUGUGAGGUGAAUUCUGUACAAUUCAAUGAUUCAGAUUAA